AGUAAACUGUGUACAGCUUGUGAAAAUGUGAAUUCAAAUAAAAUCAUAGAAAUUGUCAUCGUCCAAUUGCGUGCCUCACUGUUACGGCAAAAGGAAAGCGCAAAUGAAAAAAUAUAUACACACAGCAGAGGCAGCAACGGAACAUCGCAGCAAGGCACCUUCUACGGCGGCGCAUGCUCAUCAAAGGCGCUAUUGUGCCAUAGUAUAUGCGAAAAUAGCGCGAAGUUAAUCGAAAUACUUAACAACUUGAAAUAAGAGACUGCCAAGCAACAGUAAGGAACGACUAGAAAAAAAAAACAUUAGCAUAGCCACAAGGAAUUGUUUGUUUCAUCAUCUUGCAGAAAGCCAAGUUUCUAAUACGCAAGCAUACAUAAAUGGUUUCUACUUUUAUUGGCCUAUUGGACAUACAAUCAUGGUGGGAGAUACCGUGUAUUUCGCAUUUCUGUUCAUUGUUUAGUUCCGCCUUCGAUUUACCGGACAUUGACAUAGAGGAUCUCGAAUCGGCGCUGCUAUCCGAUGGUACCAGCGAGGAGGAUCAAGUUGCCUUAGUGCCCGAAUUAAUUGUUCGCCUGCUGACGGGCUGCGAUGCGCUACAGUCGGUAGCCAAUGAGAUUACACACAGCAACUAUCAGAUGUUUUUGCGCCGCUUCCUGCGUCAACAGUGUCGCCUGCAUCAGACAGAGAAUCACUUUGAUACGGACAUAGACUUCCAAUCGCUGCCGGUGCGCAAGCGUCUACAAAUUCUGCACGAUCUGUGCCAUUUUCGUUUGGACUCUGUCGAUGUGCAGGUCAUACUCAGUAAUCUAGAGGCGGACAGUUUGCGCGUUGAGCCGCUUGGCUACGACGCUAAAAACUCUGGCUAUUGGUAUUUCUACGGUACGCGACUUUAUCGCGAAGAUAAAGCGGCCACGGGAACUGCAUCUGGUUCAGGAAAGGCAGCCGCUGCGUCGCUAAGUGGUGGCGCCGGCUCUGGCGGUAACACAGCCAUUGGCAGUAACGGCACCAUUUGGCAGGUUAUUUGCUUCACCGAGGAGGAUUGGCAGAAUUUGGCGGCCAAGUUUAAGACCUCAACGAAUGGUAAAGAGCGUGAACUCUUCCAGAUACUUGAUGAGAACUUUUUGCCCAAAUUACCGCAGCUAUUUCGCGAGCGAGAGCGUCUGAGACGCAGAAAGUUAUUGCAAGUGCGAAAUUCCAGUCGCAUACGGAAUCUAGCCGAGUUGAAGGCACGCCAGGAGGAAGAGCGACUUAAGCGGGAGCGUGAACGUGAAAGAGAUUUACGCCGUGAACGUGAAAGAGAUCUACGCCGUGAGCGUCAAUACGCGACCCACUUGGCGCCGCCAACGGUUCAACAACGUUCACGCAGACGGUUAGCACGUCCAGUAUUAUACUCUCAAUCCACAUCGACGGCUAGCGGUAUUUCCACUUAUGCAAGCUCUCUGAGACGUACAACAACAACUAAUUCCAGCGAAUUUCUGUGCCACAGGGAAACCUUUUGUCUCUCGCCCGAAGACGAUGACCAAAACGACGACGAGGAGCCGAAUCCAGAUCAACAAGAGCAACAGCAACAGCCCCGGCAGCAACAACAACAACAACAAGAAGACCAAGAGCAGCAAAAGCAAUUAGCGCAGCACCAGGAAGAACAAGAGCAGCAAGAGCAACAAUUAAUUGCUGCGUCAGAAGCAACAACAUCUGAUAAAUUUCGUUCGCCCGAACCGCCUAGGGAAAAUUCACAAACGCCAGCGAAAUUCAAGAGCAAGGGUCAUCAUCAUCAUCACCACCACCAUCAUCAUCAUCAUCAUCAUAAGAAGAAAAAGUCCGGAAAGAAGCAAAAGAAACGUUCACGCGAACAUCGAGAACGGGAUAAAGACCAUCAUCAUUAUCAUCAUCAUCGACGGCGACACAAGCAUGCGUCUGAGGCAGACGAAGAAUACGAGGACGCCAACAACAACACCGAUAACAACAACGACCAGAGCAAUAACAGCAGUGCAGCAGGAGCUGCCUCAGCUGUACGCAAUCACAAGCGACGGCACAGUCGUCAUCAAUUGCCAACAAAUCCCGAGACGUCAGAGCCGCUUCACGCCACCUCGCUAAGUCCGGAGGACAAGGAGAACUUUUGCCGUCAGCUGCAGUUGCUAGAUGCCAACUCGGCGGCAAUUGCCGUUGCCACAAGCAUUGCGGAUCUGAGCCUACCCUCGCCCGUGGCGCAUGACAGCGAGGAGCAGCUGCAGUCAGAGCAAUCAGCCGCCCAGCCAGUUGUUGCUAAGCGCGAGGAGCAGAUGGCGCCAGCGGCCAAUGUUAAGCUGCCCGGCAGGCAAACUAACAAUUCACUCAGCUCCCUAACGGGCAACAUAUUUAUACCGACGGGCGGUGCUGCCGCAACCACAAACCAUCAACAACAGCAUAGCACCACCACAACGUCAGAGACAACGGCACGCUCCAAGAAACAGAAGGCCACAGCACUCAGCUCAAGCUCGUCCGGUAAAACGGAACGCAGUGCCACCAAAGCGGAGGCGGUAAAAACCAAAAAAUCAACGGCGGCAAACACAACAGCAACAGCAGCGGCAACAACAGCAACACCGUCAUCGGCCGCCUCCACGUCAUCCACAUCCAGCAAGGCGGAACGACACAGUGGCGCAUACUCAGAUAAAAGCGCCGACGACUUUACCGAAACGGAGGAAGUUCUACAAAUCGGAAUGCAUAAGGUGCUCGUCUAUGUCAAAAAUCAUCGGGAUGCAUGGCCCUUCAUGGAUCCCGUUGAGGAGGAUAUUGCGCCACGUUACUACUCUAUUAUAAGAAGACCCAUGGAUCUGCUUAAAAUGGAAGACAAACUGGACAGUGGAGAGUAUCACAAGUUUAGCGAAUUUCGCAAUGAUUUUCGUUUAAUUGUAAACAAUUGUAGAUUGUACAAUGGGCACAAUAAUGAGUACACAGAGAUGGUUAACAAUUUACAGGAUGCCUUUGAUAAGGCCACUAAGAAAUAUUUCGAUAAUUUAUCCGAUGAUGAAGAUGAUGAUCCGAAUUUAAGUUACCCCGCCGCUGAUUCCAAGAUGAAUGUAUUCCGGGAGAAGUACUUUAAGAAGAAGGUGAAAGAGGAGGAGAAAGAAUCCUCGGUCAACUCAGCGUCCAGCAAGCGUCUGCAGGACAGCAGCACCGAGGAGGACAAAAGCGAUACGGAGGAGCCUGCGGAAACAACAGCUGCACACGCGCAGAAACGUAAACGCAAGGAGAAGGAUAAACGGCGUAAAAAGAAGGCGAAGAGCAAAGCAGACAGAAGUGGACACAAUGAAGAUGUGGACACAGAUGAAGAGGAUUUGGAGGCAGAGCCACCACCACCAGCACCGCUACAAGCAGUAAAGAAAAGCAAAACCAACAAAGUACUUAAGGAAAAAAGCAAAGACAAGGAUAAAGAUAAGGAGAAGGAGAAGGAUAAGGAUAAGGAGAAGGACAAGGAUAAGGAAAAAGAGCUGGCGUCUUCUAGCAAACGUGGACGCAAAGCAAAAAGCAGAAAAUCCUCUCAGCCAACGGGCAACAGUUCAUCCAAGUCCAGCAAAACACAAAAGACCAAAAAAGCAGGGAAAAAGUCAACGCCCGAAUCGGAUGCAGAGUCGGAGCUAAGUGAGCCACCAAGUGAGGUCGAGUCCAGCGAUGAUGAGGAACUGGCGCUGGCCAAAGUCAAGUCUCUGGUGAAGCCAACGGCUCGCACGAUAGCGGCACAAAAGAAGAAGAUGGUGCCAGCGGAGUCGAAAGUGAAGACGCCAACGCCCGUGAAGCGACAGCCAAAGAGCAAGAAAGGUGGACGCAGUCGAGCCAAAGGAGAUAGAGAACUAGAUGAUCUGGAUGACGAUAGUUCCAUGUCUGAUAUGAAUGUGAAAAAGCAGCUGCCACCAACAGCUGCCGUGGCGCUGGCGGAAUCUGCUGCGGAUCUGGAGGAGGAUGAUGACAAUGAAGAUGAUGUCAAUGACGAUGAUAUCUCGAGAUCCCGUAGUAUGUCACCAUUCAAAGUGGAUCUUCACAAGAAAUACUCAAAGAGUGCACUCAACGAUGAUCUUUCCGAGCUGCUGACAACCGUCAAGAAGGUGACCAGCGCCGAGACGACAAAGCUGAGCGCUCGACACGAGGGAGAACAGCUGGGUGAUAAAUCCGAUCAGGAUUCCGAGACGGACUUUAUGUCGUUGGCCAGCUGCAGCAGCUCCGAUGAACGGCGUCGUCGGCGUAGUCCCUCUCCUCAGGUUACGAAACGUAGCAAAAAAACGGAAUCGCCGCCAGCCAAAAAGGAGAAGGAGAAGAAGCGCAGCCAAGACAAAGAUAAAGAAAAAGACAAAGAAAAGGACAAGGAUAAGGAUAGGGAUAAAGAAAAGUCACGCAGUGCCAAGCACAAAAAGAGCUCGGCAGAAUCAGCAGCUGCUUUGGCCGCAGCUGCCGAGCAGGCCGAAUUGGAAAUGUUGCUGCCCUUUAUGGACAAAUACGAUGUUAUUAAGUAUCGACGCAGUCGAGCAGCGCUAAGCGGGUCAAGUGCAUCCAAUUCGCUGGCACCCUCGGAGGACUCCAAGUCGAACAGUGCUAAGAGCACGUCUACAUCCAAAAAGAAAAAGGAACAUCAGCCGGAGCCUCCAGCGGAGCAUAAACGUGGACGUAAAAGCAAGGAACAGAAGCACGUCAAGGAGGCCAGUCGGGAAGUGGAAAAGCCAACCAAGACUGAGAAGAGCGAGAAGCCCGAGGAAAAACCCAAAAAAGUUGAGACGCCAAAAAACGCCGAAAAGCCGACGCGGGAGCUGACUCCUCCUCCACCUCCAGUUGUCGUGAAACCAGAGGCUCUUGUGAAGCCCGAGCCACCAGGAAAGGAUGUGGUUAACAAGUCUAGUAGCACUGCUGCCACCACAAGCCCCAGCAAUGUCAAGAGCAAAGAGCCAACUGUUAAAUCCAAUAGCAAAAAGCGACCUGACAAACAAAUGCCACCGCCGCCAAAGCCCGCCGAGAAAUCGAACGAGAAGGGCGCCGGCAACAGGAAGCUGACAGGGAAGAAAGCGGCAGCAGCUGCUCAAAAAGCUGGCCAAGCUGCGGCCAGCAACAAUGCGAAUCUGGAGGCAUUGGAUGUAGAAACGGAGCAGACUCUAAAGGAUAUCAAUCGUUGGCUGGAGCACACGCCGCGUUUCUCCGAGUUCAGCUCGGCCAGCAAUUCGCCCUCCCGCUACAAUCUGUUGGAUGACUUUGAUUCAGGAAUUGGCAGCAAACUAGAUGCAGCGGACUUUAGACGUCCCGUGGCAUUGGCUGCACCCAAGGCGGAGCUGGUGCCCACCAAGCUGGCGGAGGCGCUGAACGAGCUGGUCAGCGACGCGGCACCCAAGCCUGUAGUGAAAACCGAAGCAGAUGCGCUUCCCACGGCCAGCAGCGUGAGCAGCAGUUGUGGUACUCCGCCGCAUUCAAUGCACUCGGGCAACUCCAUUGGCAGCACAUCGGCCACGGCGGCCAGCUCCAGUUCAGCCUGCUCCAACAAUUCAACGGUUUCUGCUCAGCAAACUCCGACGCUGCCACCCGUGAUCAGCUCACCACUUCCGGCAGUGGCAAUGGUGCAACCCGUGAAGCCCAAGGAACCAGGCAGUACACAGCUCAUACUAAAUCCUCCGCCGCCGCCGCACAUCAAGCAGCAGAUGGCCAAGGAGGCGAAACGGAAAACCAUGAAGGAGAAACUCGCAGUUAAUGCCCAGGCACAGCAGGCAAAGGCGAAAGCAAAUGUGAUGCGGACCAUUGAGCGUCUGCAGCCGGGAAAGGCCAAGGGUAAUCUCAUACAGAACGUUGUCAAGACGGAGGAGACGGAAGCCUUGGUUAGCCCGGUGGCCAACAAGAGUAAGGAACCCAAAAAUGCGCUUACCACAGAGACAAGUGAAGGUGCUCCAAAGCUGAGUCUGGGCACAGUCAUCAAAACACAGGACUUUGCUCUGGGCAAGACGCUCGAGGAGUUGGCAGGCAAAAAGCAGCUGCCGGAGUCGGAAAAUGCGCCCACGGAAAACAGUACUUCCGAGGAAUCGACGGCUUUGACUUCCAGCAAGGAGCCACCGAAACCCUUUGAGGCGUUAUUGGAACUCAGCAAAGUCAGCAGUGAGCUGUCCUCGAAGGCGGCGUCGGAAGCGAAGGAGAAACCCAAUUUGAGUGCCUGGCUUAAGGCCUUUGGAGGUCCCAAGGUCAAUAAGAAGUCAACUGAGGAGGACAAACAGCAAAUGCAGCAGACACUGGCACAAGAUGAUGCCCGCGUGGCGCCACCAGCUCACUCUCCGGUGUGUGGGGAGAACAACUUCUCGCUGCCCGUGGUCAUGCGUCCAAGGAAGCCCAGCACGGGCAGCACUAACUCGGAGCGCAGUUCCUUCAGUCAGGAUCCAGAUUCACCGCGCAUAGCCAUCGAUGAGAGAUACGGUUCCUAUGCAGCUGGUUCCUACACCUCGCCUAUUUGCGCCUCGCCCAUUGGAGCAUCUCCCAUAAUGGUGUCGCCCAAGCCGAACGAUGACAUGGGCAAACCAGCGUCGCCUUAUACGUUGAAUGGCGCUAUUAAGGUGGGUUUCUAUCAGGACACCACCACGAAGAGCAGUCCUGACAAGAGCUGCAGUCCGCGCGAGAUGAACUCGCCGUAUCCACAAUACUCGCAACAUAUUUACUCAUCGGCCUCCUCGCCGAAUGUCUCCACGCCCGAGCUGAGCGGCACAUCGCCCUAUGGUGGUGGCAAUAGCUAUAAUCCAUCGGGCUCUGAGGCAUCCAAGACGCCAGCUUACUCCUCCACCUCACCACUUCCCAUUUACGAUCAAUACAAGCAGCCGCGCUCGCAGGAAUCUGACUACAACUCCUCGAUGAGUCCCAGCACACCAAAUCCUCAUUCGCCUUACCAGCAACCUCAAAGUUCGCCCUACACCACCCCCCAUUCCUCACAGUUGUCUCCCUACCACGCCCAGUCGCCGUAUCAUCAGCCAACCCACCCGCAGCCCCAGCAACCAUCUCACAGUCCCACUGCGCAACAACAAGCGCUGAGUCCAAUGCACAGCAGCGUGGAUUCACCCGCCUCGUCGGCAGCCACACAACCACCCACCCCACUGGCCCAAUCUCCUGCAGAGCAACAACACUCGCCGUAUCAGCAACCAGUGCUGUCGCCCUACCAACAACAGCAACAUCAACAGGCGGCUCCAGUGGUGCCAUCGCCAGUGACAACAACUCAACCACCUGCAGCUUCUGUUGCCUUAACCGCAGCAAUGAGCACCUACCAGCAACAACAACAGCAGCAACGCUCCCUGUAUAAUCCUGCAACAUUGAUAAAUCCGCUGCCAAGUGCUGCCCCACCUGUGGUGCCAGCAGCAGCAACUGUGGCUAAAGCCAGCAACAAUGAUUGGAACUUGGCGCACAGCCUAUUGCCACCCAACCUGGGUAGCAAUCAGGUAGCGCAGCAACAGCAACACCAGAAUCAACAGCAACAUCAGAAUCAACAGCAGCAACAGGUGCUAGCACACCAACAACAACAGCAGCAGCAGCAACAGUUGCAUGGAGUUAAGCCCAAAUAUCCAACUUAUGCACAGUAUCAAUCAACAAAUGCAGCGGCAAAUGCAGCAGCUGCCGCAGAUAUUGUGGAAACACAGCAACAACAGCAACAGCAGCAGCAGCAACAACAACAGCAACAGAAAAUUCUGCCACCAAGCUAUGGUAGCGAUAUGGCAACGUUUAUGCAACAUCAGAUGCAACAACCAGCAAAAACAGACACGCUUAUAAAUCCAUUGAAACGGACCAGCGAUGAAAUAAGCAUGGAUUACAGCGAUGUUGCCAGCAGCAAUAAGAUGCCGCAGCAACAACAACAGCCGCAGCAGCAACAACAGCCACAGCAGCAACAACAGCCACAGCAACCACAAGCACAAUCGCUCUUAAAUAAACAACAGCAAAUGUUCAAUAGCUUUUUGGGUUCAAUGGCAUUUGGCAAACAGCUGGGCACUAUAGCUCCCGAUAAGGCAUUUGAGAUGUACAAUCGUGCCGCAGCCAUGGGUUUUCCCAAGGAGUUUGCCAAGGAUAAUACUGCCUGCAACAUGCAACAGCAGCAGCAACAACAGCAACAACAGGCAGCGGUCAACAAACAACAAAGCAGUCAGCAACAGCAACAGCAGCAACAACAACAGCAAUCCCAAGCACAGCCGCACCUCACGCAACUGCAACCGCCCCAUAAUCUAAACUAUCAACAGCAACAGCAGCAGCAACAACAGCAACAGCAGCAGAAAUUGCCUUUGCAACAGCAGCAACAACAACAGGCGCCGCACAAGCCACCGCUUAAUUAUGGCAACAACAGCAACAACCUGCAGCAACAGCAGCAGCCACAACCCGCACAGCAACAACAACAGGAGCAACAGCAACAACAUGCACAGCAGCAACAACAACAACCACACAAUGCUUAUCAACAGCAAGCGCAGCUUAAUCACAACUAUGCCCCAGCAGCACAACAACAGCAACAACAACAACAACCAACUGCUGUCAAGUCAGCGGCAACACAGUCAGCUGUGGCAGCCAACAGUGAGAACAGCAACAUGUUGCAUCUGGCAGCAAGUGCGCAUCAACAUCAUCUCAGUCAGACGCAUCAUUUGGCUGCCUACAACAAGCCGACACCGCCACCACCACCGCAAACGUACAACAAUCCGUUGAUGCAUCCGCUGACCGAGUCCAUGUUGGGCUAUCCGGUGAACUACUUUGACAAGAAUAUGCCACCAGCGGCACACAUGUACAGUGCAGCCUCGAGUGCAGCAACUGCCUAUGGCAAUCCUGCACAGCAGCUGCCGGGCAAUUAUGUGCCCGGUAGCAACAGUGCCGCACAGCAGCAGCAGCCGACACAUCAACAACAACCUCCUGUGGCUGUUCCGGCGCCUGAAGUAAAGGCGCCCGCUAAACGUGGACGUAAGAAAAAGGCAGCCACAAAUGCAGCGGAAACAACUGCCAAGCAACAACAACAACAACAGCAGCAGCAACACGUGGCAGCACAGCAGCAACAGCAGCAGCAACAACAACAACAGCAGCAGCAGCAACAGCAACAACAGAGUCAACAACAAGCAAUGCCACAGUACAACAUGCCACAGAUGCCAACGUCAGCAGCAGCUGCUCACGCUCAGGUGUUGCAUCAAGGCUUUCAGCUGUAUGCGGGACUUAAAUCUGGGGGCGUUGCAUCGCCUGCCGCUGGCACAGCAGCAGCGGGAUCUUCAGUUGCUGCUGCAUCAACUACGCAAACAGCUGCGGAUGCGGCAGCCAUCUCGCUGAAGACUUCUACUGGUGGCAUGGUACCUGGCAGCGCUUUUAACUUUGCGCCCACACCUAGUGCCCUGGGUCUUUAUGGCGAUCAGACCAGCAGCUACUUGGAUCAAUUCCGCGAGGCAUCCAAUCCGUACUACAUGCCACCGGCGCCGGCGCACAGCGGAGCGACCGCAAAUCCAGCUGGCAAUGCGGCGGACAAGAGUCAAAAUCCUUUAAAUACGGCCGCGGGAUCGUAUCCGUUUCUGGCUGCAGCGCAUCCAUCGACACGUGCAGCAGCUUAUCCAUUUGCAGCCUCCCAGCUGGAUCCCAAUUCGCAGCUGUAUCAACAGUAUCUGCGUCGCGAUGACUUUCAUGCCCGGAUGAUCUUCAAUCAGAGUCUGUUAGGUGGUCCAGCUGCAGCUGCCGCUGCGGCUGGCUAUGGUCAGCCCCCUCCGCCACCUGCUGCCUAUAGACCCUCAGCGCUGGGCAUGACCAAGCCGUAUGAUAUCAACAGGCAAUCAUGGUUUUAGCAGUACGCCAGCGCCGCCAACGUGGAUCUGCAGGGAGACGACUUAAAUGCGUCGUCAACCGCGACGACGGCGGCGACGGCAGCAGGUGGAGCAACGGCGGCAGCAGCAGCAGCAGCUGCAGUGGGACCAACAACACAGCGUUAAAGCUACUUGGUUAAGAAUAUCGGGAAGCCUUUUUACUAUAUAUAAUUUAAUCUGAUAUUAGAUAUGUAUAUGCUGACUCGAAUUCUAGUUAAAUAGAUUCGCGACGACUGUUUUGAUUGUGUGCGUGUGUGCGUGUGUGUGUCCCUAAACUACACAUCGCACACAUUUAACAAAAGUGUUAAAAUUCAAAUUGUUACACAAUUUUAAUGAAUCAGGGAAAAAUUAAUUGUUUUUCAGAAAAGUACAGCAGAUAAUAAUGAACUCAUAUUCUCUUCAAUCAAGAAAAAAUCAAAAGAUACCUAAAUUUGAGUUGUACAACUUUUGUGAAAUGUGUGCGAUAAUGUAAUCCCUGUGUUAUCUCUUUCAUGCUUCAUUUCUAUUGUGCAAUGUUUCCAAUUCCCCCUUUAACUGCUCCCAGGAUCAGCACAUGACACACCGUUCGCAAGUUAUUUGGUAGUUCUGUUAAGACAGUCUUAAAUUUUAAGUUUUUUGUUAGAUUGUAAAAAUUUUAGUUUUGAGCUGAUUAAGAAACAGAAAAACAGAACAGAUUCUAAGAAUUGUUUCAAAAGCUUCCGACUAUAUUGUAGGCCUUUAGUUUUCAGAAUUUAACUAAGCGUUGUAAACUACCUAUUAUUAUACAUAUUAAUUAUUAUAUUAUAUUAUAUUAAAUUAUAUAAUUAUUACUACUAUGUACUACCAUUAUUAGUUUUUAUACGAUCGUGCAGCGGGUAAUUUGUUAAAAUAUUUAUUAAUAUAUUCAAAAUAUGCAAACAUAUACAAAAAAAAAACAUACAAUUACAAACAAUUUUUAGUUUAUAGAAAGCCAAACAAGUGUAAAAACUUUUGUUAAAUAUGCUAAGUACGGUCUAAACUUAAAUCCAAAGUAAAAAAGAAAGAAAUAAAUACUACACAAACACAUUCAUGCACACUUACACACCCAUACACACACACGUAUAUACUCAUAGCUCGCAUGUGCAACAUUCCGCCAUGAUUUCAGAAUCCUUUCCGGAAUCAUAUUCGCUGUACAUACAAACAAAGAGUUGAAACUGUUACAACAAAAACACAUCUCAAAUUGUAGCUUUAAAUGCUGUAAAAUAUAAAAAUAAACAAUUCAAAGUAAUUUCAAUGCAAAAGCGAAUGCAAAUUUAUGAAAGGUAAAUGAAAAAAGUGUCUUAGUCGCGAUUAAUAUAAAAGAAACAAGCAAAAAACGCAUAUAAAA